CAUACUAACGCUGUUGGCUGUUUCUCGCGUCUGCUAAAACAAGAUAUGUGUUGUCAGCGAGACAUCGCGGUGACUUGGCAUGACCUGCUGUUUGGAUGCGCUGUCUGCAGCUUCAAAGCAAAGAUUGGUUUCCUUCCUUCACUUACGCCCUCUCAUUCCACUACCCCGCGAUGCACUAUCUUAUCUUACCUAUCUUCACCUGACAACGCGCCAGACGCGUUCCAACUUCGCGUGACGUAGUGGCCCAAGCGCCGACAUAGCAAACGGCGCGCACAGCCCCAUUACUGUGUAGCAAUACCGCAGCCUACUUUACCAUCACAACAUCGACAACAUGCCGCCGACUGAACGCCCGAAGCAGUUUGGUGGGACUCCACGCUUGGGGGGCUUUCCUACGCGUCCUGGACAAGUUCGUCCAUCGUCUUCUGCUGCGGCUCCUAGUCCUCAAGCUGGCAGCGCGUCGAGAGCCAGUCAGCUAGGCCUAGGAUUGGGUAAGAGUGCUUUGGGGCUCGGAAGAGGAAAGGGCAUCAAGCGGCAUAUGAAGAUACAACGAGAUACUAUCCGUGGAGUUACCAAGGGAGACAUCAGACGUCUUGCUCGUCGCGGCGGUGUGAAGCGCAUCGCAGGCACAAUCUACGACGAUGUUCGCGAUGCGCUCAAAGAACGACUCCGAGUCAUCCUCAAAGAUGUCGCCGCCGUCGUCGAUUUGACUGGUCGCAAGACCGUUAGUGUGACAGACAUUAUCUUUGUUCUCAAUAGGCAUGGGCGCCCGCUCUAUGGAUUUGACCCGGCAUUCGCUGGCGUACGCUGAACAGUGCACUAUUCGCGUGCCUGUCACCAAUGACUACCUUCCAUUCAUCCUUCGCUUACCAUGGAGGAGGUCGUGCUUACGGUAUUUUCUGGAAGUCCUGAAUUUUCUGGAUUUACGGUAUAUCAAGCAGACCUUAAAAUGAAAGAGAGCAUAGUAGGGAAGAGAUAUGGCAGAGAUGGGAUGUUUGGCAGGAGCUGAG